AUGCUGCGCAGAUCGCGGAUUCGGCCGCUUUUCAAGCGGUCAAGUCGGUCGAUUUUUAUGAAUGCCCAGCUUAAGGGCCAACUGGAUGCUCUUGAGCAGCAUUUCGUGAAAGACGUGGUCGUGAUCGGCGGCGGCCAUGCCGGUACAGAAGCCGCCGCCGCCUCCGCAAGACUGGGCGCUGAUACUUUGCUAGUUACGCCUAGCAAAAAGAACCUGGGUGUGUGUUCGUGCAAUCCCAGCUUUGGUGGUAUAGGAAAGGGCACGCUGCUUCGGGAAGUCGAUGCUUUGGAUGGUGUUUCUGCACGCAUCGUCGAUAAAGCAGGUAUCUGCUAUAUGAUGCUUAAUCGAUCCAAAGGACCAGCUGUUUGGGGUCCGCGGGCCCAGAUCGAUCGAAAAAUUUACCAGAGAGAAAUGCAAAAAGAACUGGAGCACUAUGGGCCCAGCUUGUCAAUUCUCGAGGACUCGGUUGAAGAUGUCAUUAUCGAUGCUUCCCACUUGACUGUGGCCGGCGUGAUUUUGGAGUCUGGUCACUUUGUGCGCACAAAAAACGUUGUGGUUACCACUGGAACUUUUCUCUCUGCAGAACUCCAUUUUGGUUUGGAAAUUCGACCUGGCGGCCGGAUCGGCGAGAAUGCCACUUAUGGACUUUCAAAGACACUAAAAGACCUGGAAUUCCGUCUUGGUCGUUUGAAAACAGGAACGCCUCCUCGAAUCGAUGCGAAAACUAUCAACUAUACCGGCCUUUUGGCUCAAGAACCCGAAGAUCCAGCUGUGCCGUUUAGCUACCUGAACACAGACAUCGCUUUAAAGUCUCAACAGCGGCCGAACUACUUGACCAAAACAACCGAAGCUACCCACAAAGUCCUACGUGAUAACCUGCAUUUGUCUGUACAUAUCCGUGAAACGGUUAACGGGCCACGCUACUGUCCUUCGAUUGAAAGUAAGGUUAUCAAGUUCUCCGAAAAGAAGUCUCAUCAGAUCUGGCUCGAGCCCGAGGGCCUGGACACUGAUGUUGUUUAUCCCAACGGCAUCAGCGUUUCAAUGCCCGCAGACAUUCAGGAACAAAUGUUGAAGACUAUCCCUGGCCUGGAAAACGCAGUUAUGCUUCAGCCCGGUUACGGAGUUGAAUACGACUUUGUUGAUCCCCAGCAACUCAGCGCGACCCUUGAAACAAAAAAGGUAGGCGGCUUGUACCUGGCUGGUCAGAUUAAUGGCACGACUGGUUACGAAGAGGCGGCUGCUCAGGGCGUAAUCGCCGGUAUCAAUGCUGGCCGAUCUGCUCUGGGAAAAUCCCCUAUCCACAUGACCCGUGAUAUGGGCUACAUUGGCGUAUUAAUUGACGAUCUUGUUACCCAGGGUGUUGAAGAGCCAUAUCGCAUGUUCACCUCUCGCUCUGAAUUCAGAUUCACAGUUCGACAAGACAAUGCAGAUCUAAGACUGACGGCUAUUGGUUAUGAUCUCGGUGUAGUUGGCGAAGAACGUUAUGCCAAGCUAUUGAAAGAUAAGCAAGAGUAUGCCGAAGCGAAGGCACUAAUGCAAGAACAUUCAUGGACUCCGAAAGAAUGGGCUAAGAGAAUUGACACUCCCGGUAUAUGGAAUUCUGUUUCCGAGAAGCGAACAUGUCUACAGAUGCUUCAAAACAAUGACGCUGAUGUGGCCGAGUUUAUCAAAGCCGUUCCCGGUCUUGCCAGGUUCUCGCCAAAGAUCUUGCAAGCCUUGGAUCUCGAUUCAAAGUACGCACCCUACAUUAAACGCGAGGCCGCGCUGAUCCGAUCGUUUAAACAAGACGAGGAGUUGGAAAUCCCUCGCGAUCUUGACUUCUGGAGCAUGGACUCUCUCUCCAACGAAGUCAAGUCUCUUUUGGCUUCCGCUAGACCUGAAACUCUCGGCCAAGCCAGCCGCUUGCGCGGUAUGACACCAGCCGCCAGUGUGUAUUUAUUGGAGCAUGUUCGUCGUCGCACUCGCGGCGGGCGACAUGGUACAGAAAUGAAUGUGUAA